AUGGCGACGCUACUACUCGUGGUGUUUUUCGUGGAGCUUGCGGUGCAUCUGGUCAACACCAUCGGCGCCGCAUCCAUCAGCAAUUUGCUAUGGACGCUCUACCUUAUGCUCCCGACCGAGACCUCCAAAUCUGCCGCCAAGAGACGAGAUGUACAGACUGAAUACAUGAAGGUCCGCCGCGACCUCAACGCCACCAGCAGCCAGGACGAGUUCGCAAAAUGGGCCAAGCUCCGCCGCCAGCACGACAAGCUGAUGGAGCAGCUGGAGAAGCUGAAAUCUUCACACGAUGCGACAAAAGCCAAAUUCGACAGCUCCGUGGGCGCAGUUCGCUGGUGCCUCACGCGAGGCCUCAAAUUCGUCUUGCCCUUCUGGUACGCUAAGCAACCAAUGUUCUGGUUGCCCAAGGGCUGGUUCCCUUACUACGCCGAAUGGGUGCUCUCCUUUCCACGAGCACCAAUGGGCAGCGUCAGCAUUGUCUCGUGGCAGAUGGCCUGCACGGUGGUGAUCAAGCUGAUCAGCGACACCAUCACGAGCAUCCUGGGACUGAUCUUGGGCGCCAAGCUGCAGAAGCGCGAGAAGAUGCCCAUGGCCGCUGGAGGCGACAAGAGACAGGCGGCAAACACCAAGAAGACCUCAUGA